GAAAAGAAAGAGAAUGAGAAUGUAUCAAAAGAAACUGAAAAGAAAGAAAAAAAGGCUGAAUCAGAAAAAGAAACUGAAUCUAAAGAGAAAGAGAAAGUUGAAGUUAAGGGAAGAGAGAAAUCAAGAGAUAGAGUAAGGGGCAGAUCACGGAGUCGUGGACGUAGAUCAAGUAGAUCGAGAGUUAGUUCAAGAAGCCAAUCUAUUGGUCUUCGUCAUAGAAGACAUGGGAGUUUUGGAGAAAGAAGAUCUAUAGGACGCAGUUAUUCAAAACCAAGCUUUCUUACAUUUCAAAAAAUAAAGGAAGAAAGACUACUUCAACGUCGUCGUCAAAGAGAGAGAGAGUUCAGAGAAAUGGAAAAAAGAUCUGCAGAACGUUUAAGAAAUAGAAGUUUAGAACGAAAGCAUAGAGAAGAAACAUUACGUUUAGAAAGAGAGAGAGAGAAAUUAAGAUUAGAACGUGAAAAAUUGGAAAGAGAAAGGAUUGAGAUAUUGAGAUUAGAACGAGUGAAACAGAGGCUGGAACGUGAGAAGAUAGAAAAGGAGAGGGAAGCUCUUCGUCGUCAGAGAGAACUCUCUGCUUUGGAUGAUACGCGCUCCAUGAAGCGUGGAUAUGAUCACGUUUCGAGGAACACUUCGGAUGAUCAAUUUUGGGAUGACAGAAAAAGACCCCGAUAUGAAACUUCUUCCUUUGCUAUGGACAACAGAAAUGAUUUUGAAAAGAGAGAGAGGCCUAUGUUUGAACACAGUGCUUUGUACGAAAGAAGAAAUGAUCGGUUUGAACCACAUAAGACAGAUACCAGCCCUCCCAAGACUGAUUUCAAUGUUAUGCGCUAUGAGUCCAGAGAUCACGAUGACAGAAAUGACAGAUUUCAGAACAACAGCAGAAACGAUUUCUCAUCUCGGGAACACCGAAAUUCGGGACCUUCCAAUAGAGAUAGAGAUACAUCAUCGGGACGCCGGGGUAUGGUGCACGAUGAGUGGAGAUCGAGAUCACGCGAGCGGGUAAAUCAAAGGGGCCACGACAACCGCUUCUCAGACAAUGGCAACAAAAACAUGAUGAACGAGAUGAACACUUUCAACACGGUGGGAAGAUCAUUUGAGAGAGGAGACAUGUGGGUUUCUGGACAGAAUGACAGGAACAUGGGAAAAUCAUACGGGAUGGACAAUAUGAACAAAUCUUACAACAUGGAAAACUCGGGCAUGGGCAACGACGGAUCCGAUUGGAAUUCGGACAACAGAAACAAGAUGGACAACUCGCGAAUGAGUUGGGGAAGAGGGAACGAAACCGUAGGAGAUAGGUGGUCCAGUAUGGGUUCUAACGAUAACAGAAACCAGAGAAUGGGAAUGGGGAUGAACAACCAGCAGAUGAUGACCCAGCAGCCCCAGUCCAAUAUGUACAACACAGGAUCGUCCGCUGCUAACACUGGAGGAGGGGGCAUGAACAUGAUGCAUUCGAAUCUGGGAAACAACUACGGAACCGACAGAUACCUCUCUUCCAUGAGACGAUAUUGAAAACCCAUUUAGUUGGCACGGAAAAAUGCGUCCGUACCGAUUUUCGCGAGUCGCGAAUUACGUUUCAUUACACUUUGUUCACUUCGUAUCCUGGAAUAUAGGCUUUCGUAUGGAAUACGAGAGAGCAACAAAAAUUUGUGGCAUAACCAGAGAAAGGAGACACCUAUUAGAAAACACUCGAUACCGAAUGUGUUCGACCCAAAGAUUCGUCUAGCGACGUGUUCGGAAAACGUAUUUUAAAAACUUGUAAACGGAGUUCUUUCUAGGUUACUUUCCUCCCGCUACUAUUGUUAAACGUGACAGAAGCACACCUUCACGCACGAAUGCGGAGCAGUCGAAUUUUUUAAAUGUGAACAUUCAACGUCGAAUAAACCUGUCCCGUUCUUCGGGAUAUUUACGAAACAA